GAUGACACCAACAAAAUGCGAUAAAACAUAUUUCACCUUUUCCUUUAUUUCCUCAUUGUUUUCGAUAUUAUAUUAAUAAUUUACACUUAAUUUUCUGUGGAUGACUGUUUUCCAUUUGAAGCUUGUUUUUCCUUAUUUACAACACUGCAAACUAAGUACUACAAAUAGUUCUGGAGUAGUGAACCUCAACUAAAUCAUCCAUAAGCUGGUAAAAUAUGAACAUAGGACAGUCAUUAAAUACAACAAAAGUAUCGUCCGGUUCAUGUCUACACUUUUAGCAAAAACAUUAGCUACCAUGUUAGCUUCUAUGCACAUGCUCGAUUUAAUGUUGGGGAGUAAUUAACGCUUCUCAUUCAUGUCUAUUUGUUUACAUCUUGUGCUAAUAUUGUUUAGUAAAGUUGUGGAUUGGAUUUGUGACACAUGACUGCUAACUUUUUCCUAUUCAGGGGGGAGUUGCUUCAUACUUGAGAUUGGGGGCACUUCAUUACAGGCUCUGCUGCGCUCUUCUCUUCCUUCAGAAGCGUUUUUGAUUUGAUAGAAAAACUUCUAGCAUGCCCUCCUAUUGCUUUGGGACCUCAACUGAUCCCACAUGAUCAGUUAAUCUCCAUUUCCUCAUCAGCUCCAUGCACAGGCCAAGCUAGCCAUGGAAUUCGUUGUUACUUUCCUUCUCUUCGCAUUUUUCAUCUCAUCCACCAAUGCUCUAGACCCUUGCGCCUCCCAAACCGACGCUUUAGAUCUCUCCCUCAUCCCAAUUUACGGCAAAUGCUCGCCGUUUAACCCGCCUAAACCCGUCUCAUGGCUCAACACCGUCAUUGACAUGGCCUCAAAGGACCUCCAAAGGGUCAACUACUUAUCCACCCUGGGGGCCCAAAAGACAACUUCCGCUCCCAUCGCCUCUGGGCAACAGGUGCUCAACAUUGGCAACUACGUCGUCCGUCUCAAGCUUGGUACUCCGGGUCAGCUCAUGUUCAUGGUUCUGGAUACAAGCACUGACUCCGCCUGGGCCCCAUGCUCCGGUUGCAUCGGUUGCUCUGCUACAACCUUCUCACCCAAUACUUCUUCCACUUACGGUGGGUCAUUGGAUUGCUCCACGGCCGAAUGUACCCAGGUCCGUGGCGUUUCCUGCACCGCCACCGGAUCCACCGUUUGCUCUUUUAACCAAUCCUAUGGUGGGGAUUCGUCCUUCUCGGCCACCCUAGUGAAAGAUUCUUUGAGCUUAGCCAACGACAUCGUGCCGAACUUUGCUUUCGGGUGCAUUAACAGUAUUUCCGGCAAGUCAAUUCCGCCGCAAGGUUUGCUGGGCUUGGGCCGUGGGCCCAUGUCACUGCUGUCGCAAUCCGGGUCACUCUACUCGGGUGUGUUCUCAUAUUGCUUACCCAGCUUCAAAUCCUACUUCUUUUCCGGAUCCCUCAAACUCGGACCCGCGGGUCAACCCAAGAGCAUCCGGACCACUCCACUCCUCCAAAGCCCCCACCGCCCGUCGCUCUACUACGUUAACCUAACCGGAAUCAGCGUGGGUCGGGUUCGAGUCCCCAUUGCACAAGAACUUCUAGCUUUCAACCCGACCACCGGUUCCGGCACCAUCAUCGACUCUGGUACGGUCAUAACCCGAUUCGUCCAACCCGUCUACAACGCUAUCCGGGAUGAAUUCAGAAACCAAGUGAAAGGCCCAUUUUCGUCUCUGGGGGCGUUCGACACAUGCUUUGCUGCGACCAACGAAGAUCUGGCGCCGGCAAUUACGUUUCAUUUGACGGGAUUGACCCUGACAUUGCCGAUGGAGAACAGCUUGAUUCAUAGCAGUUCGGGGUCGGUGGCUUGCUUGGCAAUGGCGGCGGCGCCGAGUAACGUGAACUCUGUGUUGAAUAUCAUAGCUAAUUUACAGCAGCAGAACCUCCGGAUUAUGUUUGAUGUGGCGAAUUCUCGCCUGGGGAUUGCUCGUGAGAUCUGUAAUUAGUUUCGGUUUUAUUGCUUUCCCUCUCUCUUUCUCCUGGGUUAUGCUUUAAGUGUGUUAAUGCUAAAUAGAAUGUAAAAUUGUGUUUUUGGCUGGAAGUAAUAUAAAUGCAUGUAAUGUUCUAAGUUUUAAUUGCGAAAAGAAAAGAAAUGGGAAAAUUGCAUUUUUGCUUACCAUACAGACCUGCCUUUUUUUGGCAGCAAAAAUGAGAUGAUUAAGAUUUUAUAGAUACGAGGAGAUAAGGGUACAUCUUGGACCAUUUUUUGGAGGAGUGGAGGGGGGGUGUUUGUGUGAAGUGACUUGAGCAUCGCCUGAGUAUGGUGAAAUCGUCAAAUCGACCUAAUAGCAUAUCUAAUCUAUCAAACUUGUUCGUGUUGUUUGUAAGCACCACCAUCAGAGUUGAAUAAAUUAUCAGGGAUGUU